AUGGAGGCCCUUGCGCCCCUGCAGUCCCUGCAGCCGCCCCCGUGCCGCUCCUGGCCCCCUCCCCUGCCACCUCAUCACCCCCUUGCCCUCCGUACUGUUUUUGAACUAACGCCGCCCCCUGCCGCCCCCGUGCCGCACCCCUGCCGUCCCCUUGCCACCCCCCUGUCGCUCCCCUGCCGCCCCCGUGCCGCCCCUGCCGCUACUGCCCACCCCUUCCCCCCACCUGCCACCUCACCACCCCCUUGCCCUCCGUACCUUUUUGAAUUAACGCCGCCCCCUGCCGCCCCUGUGCCGCUCCUUCCCCCCCACCACCACCCCUGUCACCCUCACCAAUCCCCUGGCCCUCCCUGCCCUUCAGAGGAACUCUUCUUUUCCCUUGUGGUGCGUUAA